UAAAAUAUGAAUAUGAAUAUGAUAAUCAGUACCAUUAUUCCAUGAAGCUAUAAAUAUUUAAAAAAAUAUGUUAUUCAUAGUAAUUUGUCUUGAGGUUUGGUCUUCACCAUGCCUGACAUGUCAGACCUUUCUAGAAGGACAGUCACAGGUGGUAUAGCCCCCUGGCCGUUCUGCCCCCACUCGAGUCGACCAGUAGUACGCUGCCCACCAUGGACCAUGAAAGAGCUGUUUUGGAGAUCAAGGCCGCCAUGGCCGCCCUGGCGUCCCGCUCCCAAAAGGAGAUGUUUGAGAAAUUGGAGGAAUCCUACAGAGUCUGUGCCAGCUGCGAGAAGCGCUCCAAUCAACUCUCAGCCUCACAGAGCCUUAAACGUUGCGUCAGAUGUCUAGCCGCGAACUACUGCUGUAAAGAGUGUCAGAAGGCGGACUGGCCAAAACACAAGAAGGCCUGCCCACAGCUCCACCUAGUGGCCAUAGACAGACUUGUUGAAUGGCUGGUAUUCAAAGGAGAGCUCCCGUUCCCCACGGUGGAGCCCUGGCCCCGGGCCCCGGGGGAGGUGAGGGCCUGGGAGGACUGGCUGGCCAUGCAGGGAGAGCUCUCCCUCCGCCUGCAGCCCCUGCUCGCCAGCCCCGCCAUGGCCAACAUGUGGACCAACGCGGGCCGCCCCCGGCCGGACCCCCGGGCCCUGGAGCAGUCCGUCUGGAGGGUCUGCAGCGAGUUCUUCUCCAGGCCCCUGAGCGUCCUCUGGGGGCUGCGGGUCUUCGGCCUGGACCCCUACACCAAGCCCCUCACUGUGCACGUGGUGGGGGCCGGGCAGGCGGAGACCAUGGGGGCCCGUCUGACGGACUACGACGAGCUGAGCCGCGCCUUCCCCGGACACCAGGGGCUGGAGGUGGUGCUGGUGGGGCCGGAGGUGGUGCAGGGCCCCGUCGUGAGGCCCCCCCUCAGGGCGUUCGGCCCCAAGCAGAGGGUCUUCAUCAGCGCCUACAAGGGCCUCUACCACCAGUUCUGGGAGGAGCUGGUGGAGACGGAGAAGGCGGCCAGACCGGACCUGGUGGUCGGCUUUCACCCCGGGUUUGAUGCCAGUCAGGGGUUGGAGGAGGGCUGGCUGCCCACCCUGCUUCUGCUCAGGGACUACGAGAUACCCUCCAUAUUCACAGCCUCCAGUGAUGUAGAGAUCACAUACUCGAUGCAGAUUCUCCAGGAGCUAGAGAUAGACAUGAGGUGCAGUGGUGCCAACCCCUUCGCAUCCCUAAAACCGGAGGUAGUGGGUUCAAAUCCCAACACGCCCGCCGUCUUCUGCAACUCCCACUACCUCUGCUUCCAGGGGCUCAAGGAAAACGUGGAGCUGGACUAACCAGAGGACGUAUGGAUGGGAUUCGGUGACACAGCCCCUAUUGCUUGAUUUAUUCUGACUAUCGUCGUUUGUGUGACAGCAUUCAGCCGGCAGUUUUCCUCCAAAGUGACUUCUUGUGAACUGAGAUACAUGUGACCAAGGAGCAGAUAGUGGUUAUGCUACUUUUACCUCGGGCUCCAGGAUGGGGUAAAUAAGGCCCAAUCCCAUUUCUACCCCUUACCCCUUCCCCUUACCCAUUCAAAACAAGGGGGAGGGGUAAGGGGUAGCAAUGGGAUUGGGCCUAAAUGAAUAAAUAGUCAAUAGAUACUUUCCGUUGGGCCUUGAGACAUUGUCAGCGUUGGUUGUAGCAGUUGUCUGCAGAGGUAUUUUAGGAGGUUUUAUUGUAUACCACAUAAUCUGAUGAAGUAUUUGCAUUGCUAUUAUCUCCCCUAAAACUCUAAUUGCCCUGACAUUUGAAUGAACUGUAAUAUACUACAACACUGGCAAAGUCCCAUGACAAAGUGACAUGUUAACAUUACUUGCAGACUAUUAUGAGAAUUGAUAUAUCAACUCCGGUAGCCCUACAUGAUUAAGAAAGAGUCACAUUAUGAGACAUAGAUUACAGAUGUUUAAGCGUAUGUAGCAUUUCAUUAGAUAGAAUCUGAUUUAGAAAAGAUUGUUACAACAUUUGUUAGUUUAUUUUGAUUGAAUAAAGGAAAUAUGCUAAUAUGCUCAGGUUUUCCUUUGGCCAUGCUGGCCCGUUAAAAUACUGAACCAGAAUCUUCCCUUUUUUCCCAGGGACGGUCAAUUAUUAAAUGUAUUGUAUCAUAUCCUCACCUCAAAAACACAAGCAACACUCAACACCUGAGAAUCACAUAGCCAUUUAAAAAGAAUAAAACAUUAUCGCAAGCCAA